CCUAAAACCCUACUGCCUCUUAUUUCCCUCUCUGUCUCUCUCCCCUUCCCCCUCUCUCUCCGUUCCGUGGUUGGCUCGCUCCGGCGGCUUUUCUACGUCCAUUACCCGUGUGAAAGAUUUCAUUUUUUGAGUUGGAGGAAGGAGGUUUCGCGUGUAAGAAACUUGACCUGUUCCAGAGGCAGGAUUUGUCUUGUGAAAGAUGAGUUUAAUAUCUCAAAAGAUUCUCCCCAAAAGUAGAGCCAACAAGACAAAAAGGGAGGAUGCUGAUGAGCCUUCAUUUCUGCAAGGAAAUGAAGACACUGAAAAUGAAGAUUUGGAUGUUUUGAGGGCGAAUAAGAGAAAGAAAGAGCGCAAGGAUGAGGAUGAGAAGUUGGUAAUUGAGCAAGAAAGAGAAAUGAAGAAGCUGGAGAACUCUUUGUUUGGCUCUCUGUAUUCCCCUGUUGAGUUUGGGAAGGAAGAUGGUGAGGACAGUCAAGACAGAGCUGAGAAAGGUUCUGCUUUAUUUUUUACGGACCGUUCUGCAAAUAGUAUGCUCUCUGUUUAUGAAGAGGAUGGAGAAUUCUCAGAAAGAAGUAAUGAUGAGGAGGAAACUAAGCAAAGAAAACCUGUCUGGGCAGACGAGGAAGAGGAAAAAACCAACAUAAAUAUUGCUCAAGUUAACAGAUUAAGGAAACUGAGGAAGGAAGAGGAUGAGAGUUUGAUAUCUGGUUCAGAGUAUGUGUCGAGAUUGAGGGCUCAACAUGCUAAGCUGAACCCCAGAACAGAGUGGGCCCAACUUGAUUCACGAGCAAGGCAUGAUUCAUCUUUUGAUGAUGAGUCAUCAGAUGAAGAAAAUGGGGCAGUACUAGCCCGUGGUUACAAGGAUGUUGAAGCUGUUGAGGAUAUCCUUCGAACAAAUGAAGACCUUGUUGUGAAAAGCAGUUCAAAAUUGUUGCCUGGACUUCUUGAAUACUCAAGACUUGUAGAUGGAAAUGUAGAGGAUCCUUCGAAGGGUCCAAUAAAUUCAGUCCAGUUCCAUCGAAAUGCUCAAUUGCUACUUACUGCAGGAUUGGAUCGAAGGCUUAGAUUUUAUCAAAUUGAUGGCAAACGCAAUACCAAGAUCCAAAGUAUCUUCCUUGAUGAUUGCCCCGUUCGAAAGGCAUCUUUCGUGCCUGAUGGGUCUCAGGUUAUUAUAGCAGGAAGGAGAAAGUUCUUCUACAGCUUUGAUUUAGUAAAAGCAACCGUCGAUAAAAUAGGUCCCCUGGUUGGCAGGGAGGAGAAAAGCUUGGAACAUUUUGAGGUUUCCCCUGAUUCUAGUACAAUUGCCUUUGUGGGAAAUGAAGGUUAUAUCUUGCUGGUUUCUACCAAAACGAAGGAACUGAUAGGGACACUAAAGAUGAAUGGAACAGUUCGGUCUUUAGCUUUUGCUGAUGAUGGGCAGCAAUUAUUGAGCUCUGGCGGUGAUGGCCAGGUGUACCACUGGGAUUUGAGAACAAGGGCUUGCUUCCAUAAGGGUGUAGAUGAAGGUUGCAUGAAUGGUACGGCUCUCUGCACUUCCCCAAAUGGCAAACUGUUUGCAGCUGGUUCAGACAGUGGGAUUGUUAAUAUUUACAACAGAGAGGAGUUCUUAGGGGGCAAGAGAAAACCUAUCAAGACCAUAGAAAAUCUAACCACCAAAGUGGAUUUUCUGAAAUUUAAUAAUGAUGCUCAAAUAUUGGCUAUUUCUUCUAACAUGAAGAAGAAUAGUUUAAAGUUGAUACAUGUGCCAUCAUUUACUGUAUUUUCAAACUGGCCUCCACUAAAUAUGUCUCUACAUUAUCCACGCUGUUUGGAUUUCAGUCCUGGUGGUGGUUUCAUGGCCAUGGGAAAUGCUGGUGGAAAGGUGUUGUUGUACAAGUUGCAUCACUACGUUCAUGCAUAGAGCGAAUGUGACAUAUUGGCAAUAUCUGGUAGCUCUGCCCUGGUUUCAUCCCCACAUAUCGGAAGCAUCAUUUGCCUGGAGCCCCAAUAUGAAGUGAUUGUAUCUCUUCUUUUCUUUGCUCGGGUUCUUGGUUGGUGAGGUUUCAGAUUAUUAGUGGAUGAAGUAAUGCCCGGAAUUCUUUCUUUAUUUGAGCAAAUCAUGGCUUAUAUUUAGAAUCACUUGAUAAUUGCCACAACUCAAGCUUGUAGUAUUGAUUGCAGAAAAGAUUUCUGCAGUAAUUUUGCUCUGUAAUGGCUUGCCUUCGUUUUGGUGCGCCAAUUCUUUUAGAUGAAAGAAUUUUGUAAUUUCCCAGUUGAUCCUUUGUACUUGCAACAGUCUAAUGCUCUGCCGUUAUUUGA